AGGUAAAUAGGUGUGGUUUAAAGAAUGUGCUCAUUUUCUCACCAGACACGGCUUACUGACAGACACUCAACACACUGAUGGAGCUCACGACUGUGUGCCACGAUCACAAUGUCUACAAUCUCAUAAGGGUGAACUGAGCACGUAUCAUCACGUACCUAGCAAGCAUCAUCAGCGAUCAUGAUGGCCGUCAUCAGGUCACCGGGGGUCAAUGAGAGCUUUCCCCAUGAUGAGACCCUGCAAUACCUGCUCAUUCUGUGCUCCAAAGUAGCUCUGAACACGUUUGUCCUGUCUUUCUGGAGGCACAGCAUUCUCAAGUCCCUGCUGGGGCUCUGCAGCGUCUCCAUGUAUGUGGCAGACGUGCUGCUGGUCACUGCGGUCACCGGCGCGUGGCUCUUCAAAGAAACCCUACCGACCUCCACCUCCAUGUGCUUCAUCCUGGCGCAUGGAUCGGCCGUCUACGCCCUGCUUCCUCUGCCCAUACUGAUCUGUGGGGCACUUGACUACGCCAGCUACCCACACCUAGACGUUAGGUCAAGCUCCUGGCGCAGGACUGUAUGUUACUGCACUGUGGUUGUGCUUCUGUGGGCAUCAGCGUGCUGUUACACCUACAACUACACAGACACGCAACCUAUGGAGAUUUACAAAGACACCGCGAGAGUCCUGGUGUGCCGCGUUCACGGAUCUACUGUAGUGUUUCAAUUUAGUAUGCAGAUAUCCAUCGCAGUGGGUCUCAUACUUCUGUUUUAUUUCAAGACGACGACUGGUUGGAUCCGAAGAGCCAAUAAACUGGCAGAGCUGAGAGACACAGCAUUUGCUUCAGAGAAAGGUCAAAUGUUAGCUUACAAUCAGGAGGGGGAAGCUGGAAGUUCUGGAAUUCAAGAAAGUUCCCCUCCUCUCUUUGUCAGUCUGACACUAGGAUUCGCUUUGAACUGGAUACCCUACCUGCUAAUGUGUGUGGUGUGUGCCUUCCUGGGCUUUGUGGUGCCAGCUUAUGCCAGUGUCAAUCUUCUGUGGAUGGCCUGUGCCAACAGUGUGCUGGUGGGCAUUGCUUUUUGGUUUAGGAGUGCUAGGACUGGACCUUUAAGAAAGUUCCCAGAUGACACUUGUUUGUGGAACAUCUACUGGCAAUUGAGCAAAGGAACAACACCAACGGUGGACGCAAAGCUUACAAUGAGAACAUACAAAAUGUUUCCCAAGCCUGCUGUGCCUUUUCAAGAGGUCUAGCCUAAAAUAUUUGAAGGCUUGCAAUGAUACUCUGUCUUGCAAUCAUACAUUUACAUUUAAGCAUUUAGCAGACACUUUUAUCCAAAGCGACUUACAUUGCAUUUAGGCUAACAAUUUUUCUCCUAACAUGUGUUCCCUGGGAUACGAAACCCCGACCUUGCGCUUGCUAACGCAAUGCUCUACCACUUGAGCUACAGGAACACUAUCAAUCAUACAAAGGAAUGAGUUCAAAUCUAACGCUCUGUUACAAACAUUGUGAGCUGCUUAGAUAGAAGUUGCAAUGAUACAAUGCCAUUCAAAAGUUUGCGAUCAGUACGUGUAUAGAUAUGUAUGAAAAACGUAUGUGCGCCUGACCUGUAUAUAAGAUGCUUGCAGGUCUUAAAGGGACAGUAAGCCUAUUAAACAUGCAGCCUACUGUCAUUGCUGUCAAGGGAUAGAUCACCCUAAAAUGUAAUUUCAGUCAUAAUUUACUUACGGUCACGUUGUUGCAAACCUGUAUUAAUUUCUUUCUUGUGCUGAACACAAAAGAAGAUAUUUUGAAGAAUGUGGGUAACCAAACAGUUGCUGGUCUACGUUGAAUUUGAUAGUAACAAAAAAUACUCUGGAAGUCACUGUGGACCAGCAACUUUGAUUUUCCACAUUCCUCAAAACAGCAUUUAUGUUCAGAAGAAGAAACUCAUUCAGGUUAAAACCACUUUUGAAUGAGUAAAUGAUGUUAUAAAACUAAAACACUAUGGACAUAAUUGACAGACAGAUGACAGAAUUUAACUUUGGGUGAACUAUUCCUUUAACGUUAAUAAAAAUCACUGACUUUUCGGUUGCACUUUAUUUUACAGUACGUGUACUAACAUGUACUUAUAGUGCACUUACAGUGUAUUUAUCUAAGAAAGUUCUGGUAAUACAAGGGGUAGGGUUAGGUUUAGGGGUAGGUUCAGGGUUAGUACCUAGUUAUUACAUAGUUAUUUUAAUUACUAUAAUAAGUACAUAGUAUGUACAUGAGGAACAGGACUGUCAAAUAAAGUGCUACCGACUUUUAUUAACUGAAAAAAAUGUAAUACAGGUCCUUUAGGAAUCAGUUGAUACAGUGUUUUAUUUUUAUAUUUGUUCAUUCAAUUUCAUGAAUGCUCUGCUAAAUACACCUACUGUACCUGAAAAUAAAGCACUGUUUGUUUUAUUUGUA